AUUAGCGGAUGUUAUUUAAUAAUAAACAGACGAUAUUUCAGACGGAUAAAAAACAAUUUCUGAUUUUCUCAAUCAAUUUGAGCUUAGAAAAUUUUAGAUUGUAUCAGUAUGGUUUGUGAAAAAUGUCAGAAAAAAUUAGGUAAAGUAAUUACGCCAGAUGUAUGGAAGGCCGGAGCUCGAAAUACUACAGAAAGCGGUGGAAGACUAGUGAAUGAGAAUAAAGCUUUGACGAGUAAAAAAACUCGCUUCAAUCCAUACCAGAAAGGUUUCGACAAAUGCAGGAUAUGUAAACAGGUUCUUCAUCAAGUUGGAGCACAUUAUUGUCAAUCUUGCGCCUACUCAAAGGGAAUAUGUAGCAUGUGUGGAAAGAAGGUUCUUAAUACUAAAGGAUAUAAACAAUCGACUGUCUAGAUUUUGAGAAGUUUUAGAAUCUUUACAACGAAGCUGUACAGAUAUAUUUUACAUUGUAUAUUAUGUAUCUAUAGUUGAUUAAACUGAAUUUCAAACUAUCACUUUCUACAUAACUUUCUUAAAUAAUUGUUUUUGUUCAGUUAAAGUGAUAUACUUAGGACAAAAAAUUUUUGGUUAAAUUAUUAAGUAAAUAAACGCAAAGAGUUUAUUACAUUUACUUUUAAUUAACACAACAAGUUGACAUAUGUCAA